AUGUCUGAACAGUGUAGACAAGUACUUUGUUCCCCUUCAGAGGUUGAAGAAGUGGACAACCCAGCACCACGUGAAUCACUCACACAGGAGGGUGUCCAAAAACAGAGGAAGGGAGGGAAGGUGAAAGAGGUGUGGAAUUACGAGGCGACAGAAGCACUCCUGCAACUUGUCAAGGCAAACUACACACGCCUAAAUGACAAGAAAACAACAAAGGGCAUUGUGUGGAAGGACAUCACCAGAGUGUUGCAGGAAUUGAUCCCAGGCGUGGAACUGAGGCAAGUUGAGGGCAAGUGGCGCAACCUCAAAUCAAUAUUCCACAACUAUGAGGACUACAAUAGGUCAAGUGGGAAGAGAAAGAAGACUGAACCGCGAUUUUACAAUCUCCUAUCUUCAAUUCUGAAGAAUCGCCCCCUGUCCCGGCCAGAUCUGUGUGUGUUGGAGGGCACAGAAGUGGGUACUAGGAGUGUGGCAGAAAUGGAGGUUGACAAUCCUGUGGAAGAAGACCCAGCCACACAAGCCUCAUCAGUAUUAAACAUUCCAGCCACUCCAGCCUCACUACUAGACCCUCAGCAAGGUGAAGCCUCGCAACGUGCCCCAACUCCUCCUCAAGCAUCACCACCAGAUCCUCAGCCUGCUCAUGCCUCACAAGCCCCACAGCCUGCUCCAGCCACACGUGAGGAGCCACCUGCAGUGCGAGGUUUCUGUCUGCAGAGGGUCUUAAGCUUCUCGUUCUUGUUCUUCUUGGAGGUGGGGUGGGGGUUCCUUUCUGCAGACAGAAAGGAACUGUUAUUGUGCAUAAACGAUAUUAAAAAUACACUGAAAAAAUCCAGCGAUAAACACCAAAACAGUAUGGCAGAACUAAAAAGAACUUUGGUCUUGCAUUGCGGCACGUGAUAGAGAACGCCACGAAAUGGACAUGGAGAUAAAGAGGGAGAGGUUGAAUGUCCUAAGAUUAAAAAGAAUUGAAUUAGAGCGCAGAUUAAAUAAUGAGUGAUUUUAUAAUAAAAUGUAAUUUCAAAUAAUUAUAACACAACGUUUUGACCCUCCCUGAAGUCCUCUUCAGGUGUGAUGUGGUACAUAUAAUUGGAUGUACUGGUGCUUGCAUUGAAA